AAGUGGUUACCGUAACCUAUGAACGCCUGCAUUAUCAGGGGAUUUACGCGCGCGUUGCCGACCCUGAACAAACCUCUUUACCCCCCUGUUGAAGAACCCCAUGCUGUAGUCUCUUUUUUGUUUAAUUAUUCGAAAGGCACAUUACCUAGAUGUACUAUAGUAUUCGGAGUAUAAGAAUAAAUAUGUCUGCGUAUAAAACUGCAAGAAAAAAAGAAAAUAUACAAAAUGCAUGUUGUAAUUUUAAAAUAGUUGCGGACAUCUGCACACAAUUCAACAUUCGCGGCGACCUUUGCGCAUGCGUGCGUCCGACACCGGUCUAGUCGACGGCUCUCGCGCAUCCCGCUGGACGUCGAAGCACCGGUUCCGUUUCCGUUACUAAACUAGUUCGAAUUUCGAAUCGUAGUUUUCGUAUUUUAAUAUACAUACAUUUUUUUUUUUCUUAUCCUCGUAAACCAGUAUGACGUGCCAGUGUUAAGUUUUUUUUUUUUUAAAUUCAACCUAAUGAUUACAGUUUAAUGAUGAUUAAUGUGUUUUAAUUCGAUUCAAAAAUGUGUUUUGUUUUCUUAAUAUUGGUAUUGUGUUCGCAAUAUGUUGUUGCCACUGGAGUAUACGAAAACAUCACCAGCAGCAACCCUUGCACGGACCGCAACCACCUGUUCCUGGCGCCUGGGGUGCUCACAGCUGGCGGCAGCAAUAGAGCCUGCAUCUCCAGGUUCUACCCUCAGGGGCCUGUUCACGUACUGCUCACGCUGCGUACUGAUGACAACAAGUCGGUGACGGCGUCGAGAGACCUGCCACCAGGUGACGGCGGAUGUCUCGAAAUAUCCGUGCCACAGAAACCGAACACAAAGGCCGACAUGAUAUUGAACGUGAGAUAUCCAGAAGCAAAAUGUACAUGGGAGAGACAGAUGACAGUUCGUAUAGCUGGUGGCAAGAUAGUGCUGGUUCACACUGACCGGGCACGGUACAGGCCGGGGGAGAUUCUGCGGAUCAGAGUCUUCGCUUUGAAAGCUAACCUCGCGGCAGCGCCGGGACUGAUCGACGAGAUCUGGCUCGAAGGACCACGUGGCGCGUGGGACGGCGCCCGCGCAGCGCAAUGGUCGCGCGUGCCCAGCCGGAUGGGUAUCGCGCAGGUGCAACACAACAUCGACGAGCAGGCGCCCACUGGCAAGUGGACCGUCAGGGUUAGACUGGCUGACGGCUCCCAGGGCUCAGCGGUGUUCCUAGUGGGCAACUAUCAACUGCCUCCCUUCCAAAUGAGCGUCCGUCAUGCUUCUAAAGUUUUAAGAACCAGCGAGAGACUGGUUUGGACCGUUUGCGUUAGAUAUCCGUGGACAGAAGCAGUGGAAGGUAUGCUGGUAAUCAGAAUCCGAGGUGCCGGCGGUACAAGCGGCUUAGGUAUUAGGACAGCUGAACGUCUGCGCGCCCCACGGGCCUGCCACCGCCACGCGGCCGCCUCCAAGCGGAUCGGGCUCAACGACACCAAUCCACCAGAUGUCGUUGUUGCUGAUUUCUCUUUUCAGGAGUCAGGCACUGGCAUCUGGCAGAAUACGACAGUUGUCUCCCAGGUGGUGGACAAGGCUAUCUCCUUGGAGUUCCUCACUAAACACCGUGCUGUUAUUUCACCUGGCCUCCCGUAUAAAUUGAAGAUAAAAGCAACCCGCUGGGACGAGAAGCCGGGUGCGAAUGAACGUGUUCGGGUGUGCCGCUCGCCUAUCAAUGCAGUAAUGUUACAUCAAGUUGGAUCUAGUAACACAACAGAGACGUGCAGCGAGGCCGUCACCGAUGAGAAAGGCAUUGCCCGGGUUAUGUUCACAUUGGAUAAUGGUGGAAGCACUUUGUAUCAAUUUCGAGCUUGCCUACACAACGACAGCGCGGUAUCAGCACCGCCGCUGGAGAUGCCGGCGCACCGAGCCGGUACGGUGCACGCGGCGCUCGGCCCGCUGCGGGCGACGCUCACCCAGCACACACCGAGCGCGUCGCCCGCAGCCGACCGGAUGUCCGUGCCGCUGUACAUCACACUGCGCAAUACUACGCGACCGGUCACCGUGCACUUCGUUCUCAUCACUCGCGGCGGUAUCAUCCAUCGCUGGGGCGCGACCACGCAGUGUGCGCUCCCCAACUCGGGUGACCACUUCCAAAUAACAUCCCGGGACAGCUACUGCUACACCGCCAACGUGGUCCAGCUCACGAACGCGUCCGACUCGCUACUCGACCGCCAUCUAUUGAGAGUUAUGCUGCCAAUAAAACUGACGCACCAAGUGUGCCCGGACAGUCAUUUGAUCGCGUAUUUUUAUUACAACAACGAAUUGAUUAGUGCCAGCAAACAGUUUGAAAUGGAGGAAUGCUUCGGUAAUAAGGUGGAGCUCACGUGGUUAUCGCGACAGACGGCGCCGGGUGGAUUGGCUCGGCUAUUAGUACACGCUGAGCCCCGCGCCUUAUGCGCACUGUCAGCGCUUGACACAGCUGCGAGCGGAGCGGGCAGCGGGACAGGUAGCGGAGCGGGUAGCGGAUUACCCAGAGGCUCCUCGACAAAUACUCCCGCUCCCGCCACCGCUCUAAUCGCUGCUCUACGAAAGCUUAUGCACUACCGUACCAACCUCACGGAAUAUGAUGCAUCCAGGCAAUGUUUUCUAUCUUCAGAUAUGCCAGAACUCCCCACAAAUCGUUUGGAACUAACAGCAUCGUGGCUCGCGGCGGCCGGAGUGAGAUUGCUCGGUGGCGAUGCACUUCCUAGCAGCCGCUGUGUCCCCGCACCAGCUCCUCUCGUUGAUGAAGACGCUACGGUACCGAGGAGCGACUUCUCGGAGAGCUGGCUGUGGCGGCUGGUGGACGUUGGUAUGAACGGUUCAAUCAUUACAAACGCUCGCGCGCCAGACUCCAUCAGCCGGUUCGAGGCCACCGCCAUAUGCGUCACGAAAACUGGGGUGGCAGUAUCCUCACCGGCCACAUUGCAGGUAUUCCGUGAGUUUUUCAUCCACGCUGAUGCACCCAAGCGUCUUCGGCGCGGCGAUGAAGCAGUCAUUCGAUACAGACUUUUUAACUAUCUUUACGAGCCUCUUAGUGUACAAGUGCAGGCGGUGACGGACCCGCACCUCGAGGGCCCCACGCGGUACGUGGACACGGCGUGCGUGGGCGCACGUGCGGCCGCCGCGCGUGCGCUGCGCGUGCGCGCGCGCCUGCCCGCCGCGCCCGCCGCGCGCCUCGCACUGCGCGCGCGCGCACAGCGCGGCCACAACUGCACGCUCACCACGCCCGCACGGGACGCUAUCAGCGAUGAAGUAAUCAUUCAAAUCACUGUAGAUCCAGAGGGCGUGCCGGUGCAGGACCAUCAAUCUGCAUUACUUUGCACUGAAGGACGCUUAGAAUCCGGGAAUUCCUACGUGACGUGGACUUGGCCGGCAGUGGACGCGGUGCCUGGUACAGAAGCGCUGACGGUUUGGGCGGUUGGAGACAUUGCUGGACCGUUAUUUGCUGAUGCGGACGCCCUAGUGAUGCUGCCGCGAGGUUGCGGUGAACAGAACAUGGCGCGGCUCGCCACCAAUCUCCUCGCCCUGGAACAGCUGGACUCCACCAGCCCUGCAGCCGUCGCUGCGCGGGAGCACGUCGCCAGGGGAUUUACUCGCCAGCUCCAAUACGUUCACCCAUCGGGAGGUUUUAGCGCUUUCGGCGGAUCUGACACUGUGCCUUCGACUUGGUUAACUGCUUUUGCGAUAAGAUACCUACGAAGAGCUCAUAAGAUCCUUUCACCAGAUCUGCCAGCGCCUCCAGCUAUAGACAGAGCCGAGCAGUGGUUACUGAGGCAACAGAUGGAGAACGGCUGCUUCAGAAAUGAGGGACAAGUGUUCCAUAAAGAGCUUAGAGGCGGUUUAAAUGAAGAAGGGGAAGUAGCCAACGUAGCACUGACGGCGUAUGUCAUCACUUCCCUCAUAGAGAGUUCCACGACUCUAUCUUACCGAGUCGUCCAAAAUACUCUCUCGUGUUUACGAGCACUGCCUCCUCUAAAGACCAAAACACCCACAAGAAUAUAUGCUCAAGCGCUACUAGGAUACACUUUUAUGAGACUGAGGAAGUACGAAGAUGAUCUGAGAAAAACGAAUGAAGCGUACUUAAUGUGGGAGAGGAAAUCGGAGGUGGGAUGGCUGGAGAGCGAUGAAGAGGUGAGGGAACUGCUGGAACUGUUGAAGAUCGCGAAAAGAAGUGGAGAUUACGUCUGGUGGGAGACCAGCAGCCUGGCGACGUCUGUGGAGGCAACAGCGUACGCCCUGCUGGCGCUGUCCCGGUGUGCUGGCGGCCGGCCCGCCGGCUGUGCGCGGGAGGCGCGCGCCGCCAUACGCUGGCUGUCCGCGCAUCGAAACGCUGCCGGCGGGUUCAUAUCCACACAGGAUACUUUAGUGGCGAUAGAAGCACUAACCAAGUGGUCAUCAGUUCGACCUCUGACCCCCGCGAACAUGACGGUGACCGUCCACACUGGGUCAACUACCAAAACUGUGCAUCUCCGACCGAACAUCAAGGUGCCAGACCUAAUCAAACUGGAGGCAUCGGAUCAACUCAGUAUUGUUGUAAAAGGUUCAGGUUGCGCCCUGGUUCAAGCUACCCGCUCGUACCACACGGUAACUGCAGCUGAGAGCGAUGACAAGCUGCUGUCCGUGCAGGUGACCGUCCACACCGACGGCGCCUUCCACUGCACCACCAACACCAGCUGCUUCUGUGCUGCUGUUAUUGAGGCAUGUGUAAUGUGGAGCGGAUUGUUUCCGGAGAUGGCGCUACUGGAGUUGACUCUGCCGGGCGGGUUCGGCGCGGACGCACAACUGCUGUAUUCACAGCUGCGACAAACCGAUUCACUACUGCGUCGCAUAGAACUAAGUCCAAAAACUGGGCGUACAACUUUCUACCUGGCCACUCGUGACGGCAGCGACACCCUGGGCAGCGGAGGUCACCAAUGCUACAAAGUCCACGCCGUCGGCCCCAAGACUAGAACCAAGCCAGCGCAUGUCAGAGUCAUGGACUAUUACAAGCCUUCUGUAAACGAUACACAGAUGUACACAAUACCUGAAGACUGUCCAGCAAGAGUAUCCUUCGAAGCCAACCAAUAUCACGCGUCUGACAAUUUAUACAACGAAGCGAGAUCACUCUCCGGAGAUAUAGCUAUUAUGAACGAGUAUUCGUUUGAAGAUAUACCUGAAGGUAUACCUCUUGAUGAUCCCCUGUACGACAAUUUAACACAAGAUAAUAAAGAAAAUAUAAAUCAAAUUAAUGAAACACAAGUAUUAAAAGAGACAGAUGAGUUUGUCGCUAAUCAUCAUGAUGAUGAUAAUGAUGAUGAAAUACCAAAAGAAGCAGAUAAAUCUGUCACUCUCAAUAGAAAAGAAGAUAUAGACCCAGUUGCAGAUACUUUAGGAUUAGAAGUGAUAGAAUCAACUGCUGAUGAUUUAAAAAUCAGUGUAAAUGAAAACACAAAUAGUAGUGAGGUCAAUGUAAAAGAUGAUCUUAAAAACUUUGAUUCAAAUAUAAAUGAUCCGAAUGCAAUUGUAACUCAUGAAAGUAUACAUGAAAUUAAUAGUAGUAGAGUUCCUACUUUGAAGGAAAAUAAAGUUACAGAAAUAAAUGAAAAAGAUCAUAAAAUCGGACAAGAGCAAAACAUCAGAGAUGUUAGCAGUAAUAGAACAGACUUCGAUAACGAAAUCACGAAAAAUGCCGAAAUCAAACAUAAAAUAGAGGAGAGAGACGAUACGAAAGAAAAUCAGAAUCCUAUUCAGAAUCCAACGCUAUCGAGUUUCCACGUGAUCGACACGGAGAAAGAUCUAGAAGUUCCAUCCGGGAUAGAAGGACCAGUUCCCGUUAUAGUGUUGCCACCACAGAAUUUUAUGACGGUCGCUCUACCACCACCGGGAGUACAUCUUCCACCAUUACCUGGUAAUGGACUGAGCAAAGGAUUUCAAAUGUAUCCUACCCCGCAUACAUACCCAUACUACCAACGGAACCCAUACUAUAGAAAAUAUAGAAGAUACAGCGCUCCUAAUGGAUAAGUU